AUGAGUAUAAUUGGUAUAAUUGCCAAGGUUUCUUUCAAAUGCUUUGAUCUUCUUGCAUGGCCUCUCUUUGCAUUGAUCUAUCCUCUAUGUGCUUCCAUUCAAGCAAUAGAAACAAAUUCAAAGUCGGAUACAGAGAAGCUGGUGGUCUAUUGGAUCUGUUUUGCCCUGAUUUUGCUGUUCGACCAUGCUUUUGCCAACCUUCUUCAAUGGUUGCCCUCUUGGCCUUACAUUAAGUUAGCAAUAAUUUGGUGCUUGGUUAUACCCAAAUUCAACGGUUCUGCCUGUGCGUAUAAACAUCUUGUUAAUUCCCACAUUCUUUACAACUUGUUCAUCAAGUUCAAGAGCCUCUUCAACUCAGAUAACCUUCGAAUUGAAGCAAAGAGAGAAGAUACAGAAACUAAAGCUCAUGGUUCUUCGACGGAUUUGAAAGCUAUACAUAUGAAUCCUGACAUGGCUCUACAAGGGAACAUAACAUGUUCAUCCUUGGAGAUCAAAGAUUUGAUCAUAGAUAAAACAAUAUCAGGAAAGCAAAAUGUGGAAGCCAGUAAAAUCCCGCAGACAUGGAAUUGUGCUCUCUGUAAGGUAACGACAAGCGGUAUAAAGGGCCUGGUUUCCCAUUUUCAGGGAAAACGACACGACGAUGCUCUUCAGAAGCUGAAGAUCGAGCUUCAGACAUCGAAACUCAAUGCUGUCUGCGCUACUGGUGCUGAAUCAGAAUCCGCAGAGACUGUCAAUAUUCCUGACAAACAAAAUGUUUAUGGUAUUCAGUUGCCAUGGACUUGUAGUAUUUGUCGGGCAACACUCAAAGGGGAGACUAGCCUGGUUUCGCAUCUUCAAGGGAAGCGACAUAAGGAAUCAUGCGAGCGGAUUCAAGCAUGGAACUCUGAAGUUUGGCAGUGCACUAUUUGUAAUGUUAGGUGUAGCAGUCAGAGAAGCUUGGAAAAUCAUUUUUACGGAAGCAAGCACUUGGCUAAAACUAUUGAACUUAGUGGCAGGGGUGGCAAUGUUCAAGGCUGA